AUGGUCAAGAAGGCCUGGCCUCUCACCCAUUCCCAGGGAACAGGGCCUUGGGCCCCAGAAGGGCACAGGCGGGAGGCACCCGACCCCUGGUGGCAGCGGCAGCAGUCACAGGAGGGCAGAAUGCAGCUGGGGUGUGCGUGGGUGGCAGCAAGGAGGGGCGGAGGGAGGAAGCUGGCUUCCUGGAGCCUUCUCAGCCCUCAAAGACAGACCGACAGACAGACAGACAGCUGGCAAGAGGCAGCCUGGGGGCCACAGCUGCUUCAGCAGACCUCAUGGCUGAGUGAGCCUCCCCUGGGCCCAGCACCCCACCCCAGCAUGGUCCAAGCCCAUGGGGGGCGCUCCAGAGCACAGCCGCUGACCUUGUCUUUGGGGGCAGCCAUGACCCAGCCUCCGCCUGCCAAAACGCCAGCCAAGAAGCAUGUGCGGCUGCAGGAAAGGCGGGGCUCCAAUGUGGCUCUGAUGCUGGACGUUCGGUCCCUGGGGGCCGUAGAACCCAUCUGCUCCGUGAACACACCCCGGGAGGUCACCCUACACUUUCUGCGCACUGCUGGACACCCCCUUACCCGCUGGGCCCUUCAGCAUCAGCCACCCAGCCCCAAGCAACUGGAAGAAGAAUUCUUGAAGAUCCCUUCAAACUUUGUCAGCCCCGAAGACCUGGACAUCCCUGGCCACGCCUCCAAGGACCGAUACAAGACCAUCUUGCCAAAUCCCCAGAGCCGUGUCUGUCUAGGCCGGGCACAGAGCCAGGAGGACGGAGAUUACAUCAAUGCCAACUACAUCCGAGGCUAUGACGGGAAGGAGAAAGUCUACAUUGCCACCCAGGGCCCCAUGCCCAACACUGUGUCGGACUUCUGGGAGAUGGUAUGGCAAGAGGAAGUAUCCCUCAUUGUCAUGCUCACUCAGCUCCGAGAGGGCAAGGAGAAAUGUGUCCACUACUGGCCCACAGAAGAGGAAACCUAUGGACCCUUCCAGAUCCGCAUCCAGGACAUGAAAGAGUGCCCAGAAUACACUGUGCGGCAGCUCACCAUCCAGUACCAGGAAGAGUGCCGGUCAGUAAAGCACAUCCUCUUCUCUGCCUGGCCUGACCACCAGACACCAGAAUCAGCUGGGCCCCUGCUGCGCCUAGUGGCAGAGGUGGAGGAGAGCCCGGAGACAGCCGCCCGCCCCGGGCCUAUCAUAGUCCACUGCAGUGCAGGGAUUGGCCGGACAGGCUGCUUCAUCGCCACGCGAAUUGGCUGUCAACAGCUGAAGGCCCGAGGGGAAGUGGACAUUCUGGGUAUUGUGUGCCAACUGCGGCUAGACAGAGGGGGGAUGAUCCAGACGGCAGAGCAGUACCAGUUCCUGCACCACACUUUGGCCCUGUAUGCAGGCCAGCUGCCUGAGGAACCCAGCCCCUGACCCCUGCUACCCUCCAGCGGCCCAGGUGCCCACCUCCCUCAAGCCUGGGAAGGUGGGUCUGGGGAAAGUGGGCCGAGUGAUCUGGGGGUACCCCUUGGGUGGGUGUGGGGAAGGAGUGCCUCCUUAGUGGUGCUUACAGUCACAGGAAGCAGCAUCAGUAAGGACAAGGGGCCAGAUUCCAGGUCUUCAACACUGGCCACUCCUCUGCUUCCUCUGUUGGCCCCAGAUGGACAGUAAGGGGAACCUCCAAUGUCUCUCUAAACUUAAAGACAGGAGCUAGCAUUUAUGACAGACAAAGAAAGAAGCCCAGGUGUCCUGGUCUUCUCUGAGACACUCUUUGUGAGCUUCAGUUUCCUCUUCUAUAACAUGAACAUUAAGUGCUUAGCUGCCAUGAGGGAAAAGCAAUGAGAGAAGUUUCUAGAAGCCACUCCAGCCACUCCUUCCUGGGACUGACAAAAGGGUGAUUCCAAGAUCAUCCUUCACCCGAGGUCCUGCCCAAGCACAGGCCAGAUGCAAGAAUGGGGAAAAGUCUGGUCCUGAUCUCCAAGUCUCAACAUCCUAGCAGUGACUCUGCUCCCUGACCACACAUCGGAAGGGCUGGACAACCCCAAUCAAAAGAAAGAACAAGGACUCUGGUUACCCUUGCCUCCACCCAUGUGUCCUAAGAGUAGGCUACAGAGGUGACCAGGCUUGGCAGUUGAAGUCUCUGGAAGAGGGAACAUGUGGGGACUACUCAGAGGCAAAGAGGGACUGCUCCAGCCUCCAUGGUUGCUGGCCACUCCCACCAACUACUCUUAGGGAGGCUGGGCAGUCUCUGUUUUGCUUCCAUAGCUCAAAUAAUACCCUGGGUAUGCAGGAAGACAAAAGAAAGAGGCAAGGGGAGAAGAGGAGGCAAAGUGCUCAGUCUGAUUUUAGAUAACCAACCCCGCCAUGACCCUCUAUACCUUGCAUUUGCUGAGUACACCUAGAGAGCUUGGCUGUUUCCAAAAACGAUCAGGAUCAUAACCAUCCAUGCAGACAUGGAGGCUCAGCUGAACCAGGACUUCUCACUGUCUAUCCGAGAGAAUGAGCGCCCCUCAUCCAUCACAGCAUCAACCCAAUUUCCAGGUGACCUCAGGUCUAUCUCAGGACUGAAUGCCACACCUCAGGAUUCGUCCUCCUUGAAUCUGAGACUGGCUGCCCAUUCUGAGAUGGGGAUGAAGGUGCUGCAUCACGGGGCACGCCGCCCCUGACAGCUGCCUUGAUACCAGUUCUCUGUGGAAACCCCAGAGGAGCUGGAUCUGGAGAACAGCUGGGCCUCCUCACUCAGGACUUCUCUCCUGAAGAACAUGUAGUGCUAAAACUGAGGAUGAUUUCCCCAAUGCUUCUGCUUGGCCUUAUGGAGGAGCUGCUCCUUCCUUACAGCCUUGGGGAUGGACUUGCCCACACCUCCACCUCCCCUGAGCCCUGUGAGAGGAACGACUGUCCAUGCCAAUGAGGCUCGGUGGGGGGCUCUCAAGUGCCUGGUCCUGCCCUGGGUUCAGAGCCAGCCCAGAGAGAAGCAACUGCACAGCCCCACAGGCCCUCCCUGGCACUGUCCUCCCAACCGCAUCUCAGAGCUCAGAGGGUACAAGCUCCAGAACAGUAACCAAGUGGGAAAAUAAAGACUUCUUGGAUGACUGA